GGCGCAGCAGCGAGGAGGAGCACAACAGUCCUCUCUAACAAAUGAAAGGAUGGGGGGCAUCAGCAGCAGCAGCAGCAGCAGCUGAAUUCAGUAAAACUGGAUCCGGGGCCGAGGGGGCACAGCAACUUUCUACUCACUCUUGGGAGACUUUUGUUGGAUUUAUUCCCCGCUCCACUACAACAUGCCAUUUGCCAAAAGAAUAGUGGAACCCCAGUUUCUGUGCAGGUAUCAAGUCCCAAACGAGGAGGGUCUGGUUUUUGAGGAUCUGGUCUCCAUCAGUAAUGUGGCUCUGUCUCGGACCUUGCGGCAGCUGUCGGACCUGGCCAAACAUGCCUGCUCCAUAUUCCAGGAGCUGGAAAACGAGCUCACGUCCACCAACCAGCGGGUCAGGGGGCUGCAGGGCAAGAUCGGCCACCUUCAGCGGACCUGCUCCGAGCUGGACCCCAAACAGGAGGCAGUGCCGGUGUCAAACCUGGAUGUGGAGAGUAAGCUGACAGCACAUUACCAAGCUCCCUGGCACCAGCAGAGGAACGUUUUCCAUCUCUCUACACGGCCAGAAUGCGUGGAAGAGCUCCACAGGCAAGCCAACCUCAGCCUGUGGGCCCUGCACCGAGAUCGCCAGAGGAGACGAUCGGGCAGCAGGGAGCGGAGAGUAACCAUCUCGAUCUCAGCGGUGCCCCCGAUGCCCGUGUAUCCCACCCCUCAGAGGGGGGUAAAUUUAACAACGUUCGAAUCCACCCGCUCCUCCUCCCCUAUCGAAUGUUGCCGCUUCUCCCCCUGGAGCAGAAAGGCUGCGCCCUCUGACCCCGACUCUGACGGGGUGGCUCUAGGUCACCGGUCUAAGUUUCCCAUCCCUAACAUCCCCUCCACCCUGGACAAGCAGACUAACUGGUCUAAAGCUCUGCCGCUGCCCACCCCAGAGGAGAGAAUGAAAAGCAAUUCCCAAGUCAUCACCUCAUGUGUCAUCCCCAUUAAUGUGACCGGGGUCGGCUUUGACAGAGAUGCUAGUGUGCGUUGCUCGCUCGUUCACUCGCAGUCUUUGCUUCAGAGGAGACGGAAGCUGAGGAGACGGAGGACCGUCGCCGGCGUUCCCAGACAGGUGCAGCAAGACUUAGAUUCUGAUGACUCUCCUGGCUCCAGAGAGCGGACAGUGAUAGUUCACGCCAGUGCAGAUAUCACCCCUUCCAACCAGGAGCUUGCCAGCCAUCUCAACACCAGAGACUCCGGUUGUCAGACAGAAGACUUUUUGAUCUCAGGAGCGCCAUCUCGGAGGAGGAUCAGGCUCCAGAGAGGCCAGGGAGUCUCUCUCUCCCUCUCUCACUCUGCAGGAAACAUCUCCUCCCUCCCUGACAGCGCGGACGCCAUGUUUACUGCCCCUGUGGGAGCACACCUGCGUUCCCGGAGUCUGCCCCGAGACACCAGCCGGAUGCUGGACAACGGGCAUAAUGACAGCGAUGAUGAGGAGGAGCUUUCCCCCUUCGACACUGAGGGGUUCCUGACUGGAUCCAGGAAGUUGACUCUGAAGGAUGAAGAGGAGAGCACUGAUGACCAGGCCAUGUCUGAGCACCAGCUGGGGAGCCUGAAGUACAAGCAGCUGUCACAGAGUCCAGAGCGCAGCUGGAUGGACCGGACCAGAUCUCACCUGCCCAGGAAGGCUGACAUGGGCAGCUGUGAGAUCUCAUCCAGUUCCGACACCUUCAGCAGCCCUGUCCACUCUGUCUCUGCUGCGGCAGUGCUGGGAGGCCAGAUGGACCACAAGGAGGAUCACCAGUCCUCCAGUGGGAACUGGAGUGGGAGCAGUUCCACAUGCCCCUCCCAGACAUCAGAAACAAUCCCUCCUGCAGCAUCUCCACCACUGACUGGCUCCUCGCACUGUGACUCUGAGCUCUCCCUAAACACUGCCACUCACACUAACGAUGACCAGGCCACCUUCAUGCUGGACCACUACCAGGGCGUCAGGACCCAAAGAGCGGGCUCCUUCUCUUCCACUGCUAUGGACAUAUUAGAGGAAGUAGGGGUCAGCACUCCCAUUGAGGGGGAAUGGAGUUACCCCAACCCGGAGCCUUCUGGCUUGCAGGACUUUAGCCCCGAGCCAAACAGAGAGGCUGAGAGCAGCCUGGGCUGCCCCAGCUUCACCAGUAUGGCUACCUGUGAGAGCAGCUUCUCUGACAAACCACUGUCAGAGAAAGCUGACACCGUCUCACACUACUCUGUGGACAACGAAGGUUACUACACCUCCAUGCACUUUGACUGCGGCCUAAAAGGUAGCCGAAGCUUCACCUAUAAUAACUAUGCACCCUCAGGCUCUGACUGUGGCCUGUCUGACUCAAGUGGUCACAUGACUCUGGGGAGACGCUGCCUCUCUUUAAGAAAACCAAAGGUGAGGCCGUCGCCGCCUAAGAGGAGCUCCUCCUUAAGGAAAAUAUGCAGUGAGGGAAAUAUCCCUGACAAGAAAGAACCAAAGAUUACCUGUGGGCAGCAACUUCCUCUGUCUGCCAAGGAGAGGAAACUGCAGCUGGCCUUGUCUGGCUCUCCAGCUCACACUGACAACUCCCCACUGCUCAGAGAACCCCGGGUGGUCUGGGGGGUUGAGGGCUCAGCUGAUCUACCCGACUUAGGCUCCACAGAUAUACAUUCAUUUAAGGAUGAUGGCAUUUUGCAAUCAGAUUAUGCAGAUCUGUGGCUCCUGAAUGAUUUAAAAUCCACUGAUCCUUACCGAUCGUUGUCAAAUUCCAGCACAGCAACGGGUACGACUGUUAUUGAAUGCAUCAAGUCACAGGAGAGUUCAGAGUCACAGACGUCCCAGUCUGGCUCCAGAGCCACCACCCCUUCACUUCCAUCAGUUGAGGGAGACUUCAAGCUUACAUCCCCAGAGAAGCUGGCAGGCCUGGCCAGCCCAUCCAGCGGCUACUCUAGUCAGUCAGAAACACCCACUUCCUCAUUUCCCUCCACCUUCUUCCCCGGACCAUUGUCACCAUCAAGUGGCAAAAGGAAGCCCAAAGUCCCAGAGAGGAAGUCCUCGCUCUCUUCACUGUCACUGCAGUCACUGUCCUCCAGGGAUGGAGCAACCUCGAAGAGAGAUCUGGAGCUGCCAAUUAUCCCUCCUUCUCACCUUGACUUAAGUGCCCUUCAUAGUGUCAGCAAUAAGGCCACAGCUUACAAGACCCAGAUGCAGAUGCUUCACCAAAACAAACAGAAAGCAGCAGUGUCAGCCAAACCUGUAGCACCUCACAACUCAGAGGUGUUCAACGCCCACUGCCUGUCCAUUACACCCACGGUGCUGAACUCAGUACAGCUCCGAUCUGUCAGUAAGGAACACCAAGAAAAUCAUGCAGCUUCCAGACUUCAAUAUCCCACUGUGAAUUCACCUAGCAAACUUUCCGCCAGCAAAUCUUUAGAGCUCAAGAGUCCCAUACUGUAUAACUCACACCAUCAUUAUCUUCACACAUCCUCAAAGGAGUUGUGUGUGUUUACCUCAAAUGAAGAGCUUACAAGUGGAAGCGCAGCAUGUCAGAGUGAGACGAGUAACGAGCUAGACAGAGAGCCCCCUGCAGAGAGUGUGACAGCAGUCAGGCUGCAGUCAGACUCAUGUUUAGACCAGAAAGGUGCAGAAGUCCCUGAACACACCACAAGUCAAGAAGGAGAGACCUGCAGAGAGUCGGUAGAAAUGCCUACCUGCCUCGGAGACUUCCGCUCACAGACUGCAUCUUUACAGCACCAGCAGGCUGAAGAAGAAGAGGCGUAUCCUCCUCCUCCUCCCCCUGUCCUGCACAGUUCCCCCAACACAUUCAGCAGCCUGGAUAAAGUGCCUGCUACUGACAGUCAGUCAGAGAAGCCUCAAGGGAGUCUGAUCAGCAAUGAAGGCAGCAAAGAAGUGGAUUCAUCAGGUGAGCCAUCCGAAUGUGCCUCGCAGGACAGCAAGGAGGAGUCCACAGCAGAGAUGGAGGAUUAUUUCAGUAAAGAUUCUUCUCCCAGUGACAGCACUGUGUCCCCGACACAUGAUGAGUCAAGAACAGAGGAUGACAGUGUGUUUCUGUCACCCACCAAAUCUCGCACCACUGAGGAUCUGUUCGCCAUGAUACACAGGUCUAAAAGGAAAGUGUUGGGGAGAAAGGACUCUGCUGAGUUGGGUGUGAGGAGCCGCCUCGCUGGUGCAUCGGGGAACACACCGCCCAAUAACGCUGUGAGCUCACCUGUCUCUGUGGCAUCGCCUUCCUCCGCCAUGACCCCACCAGGCCCACACAGAGUCCCUGGUCCCAUCUACAGGAACGCGAAGAAGUCCAGCACCUCCAACGAGGAAUUCAAACUAUUGCUGCUUAGAAAGGGAAGUCGCUCCGACACUAGUUACCGCAUGUCAGCUACAGAGAUCCUGAAGAGCCCCGUCACUCCUAAAUCACCUGGAGACUCUUUGACAGAGUCACCCAGACUCUCCGAGGACACCACCUCCCCUCAGCAGCAACUCCAAUCAGGACAAGACCAGCUCUCCAGCCCCUACCUGAAAACCAACGCAGAGGGCUUCUCCCCAAAAUCCUUCCCUACAUCUGCUGCCUCCAGGCAGGGACGCUCCAGGAUACCCCCGCCCGCCAACAGCAGCCGCUACAGCGUGCGCAGCAGGCUGUACUCAGCACCCAUGCAGGCCAUCUCUGAGGGUGAGACGGAGAACUCAGACGGAAGCCCUCACGAUGACCGCUCGUCGCAGGGCUCCACGUAGAAAAGACAGCAAAAAUGAAAUUAUUUUAUUAGUUUACAACAAAAACAAAUGGACCACAAUGAAAUAUUAUAUGAGAUGUGAGGGCAAGAGAUUCAAAUUAGAUAAAGUUUUGUUUAAAAAAAUGUCAACAUAAUUAGUAAUUAUGCUGAAUUUUAAAGCUGUUUUACCUGUUUUAUACAGACUGUAUUUCUAAGAAAAAUCAUCUUUAUGUAAUGAAGAGUUGGCAUUAGAAAACUGAUUAAUUUGCAUCUGCAUUUUGUAGAGAAAUAGAAUUUACAAACAGAAAAUUUUUCUCAAUUUAAAGGGGACCUAUUUUGCCUUUUCCUUAUUUUUGUCACAUAUGCAAUGCUCAUAUCAAAACAAUAAUGAGUCCAUGUAAAAGUAAUCUCUGCGAGCCAAAAACUGCUCUGCAUGAUCUGAUUCAGUUUUUUUGUCUCUCUGUAAUAUCAGAGGGAGCUGAUAUCCCCAGUGUGGUAAGAAGCCCCACCCACCUGUUAGUAACUGUCUGUUUACGAGGGGCAGCCAAUCAGAAGAGAGUUAGCUCAAAGGGAGGGGGCGGAACUAAAAUAGCUUCCUUUUAAAUACAUUUUAAAAAGGAUUAUUUUGAACUGUGAAUCACACUAAGCUAUUUUGGCAGAGUACACAAAUAAAAAUGGAAAUGCGCUCAGCAGGCCCUCUUUAACAUUUCUGUUUUGUUAGUUAAAGGCACAUUUCCCAGAGUCAUGCAGGCCCAACCCAAACCCAGAAUUUUAGAAAUAAGCCAGUAAAGUUGACCUGUUUUAAUGAACUGUAUGUAUUCUGUGAAUACAAUUCAAGCCAGUUACAUCAAAUUAUUUUAACACCCACCAACUGAACAUUGGGACAAACAAAUGUGAACCUUCAGUCCUUAUUCAUAUUUCCUGUUUGUAUAUUUGACUCAGUCCUUUUUAAAGCAUAUUCUAAAUUAUAUCAAAGCUUAUUAUUAGAAUAUUUUAACAUUUUGUACAUUUUGCAAUAAGUGGAAGCAGUAAUUAGUGGUAAGACAGGAAGUGUCAAAGCCAAGCACUAACUUGACAAUCUUGGGAGACAAGAAGAGUGCAGGUGUUAACAUGGGAGACAAAAAGUGGCAAAAAAGAGACGGUGGAAUCGGAGAGCUGGAAGAGAACAAGGAGGGCAUGAAGAAAAACAUAACAAUGGUCAUUUCUGGUUUGCUGACUUGGUGUGUUUAUGCAUUGUUGAAAGGGGCAAGCGGAAAGUGCUCAGGAGGAUCAAAUAUGCCUUAUUUUACUCAACAGGGGACAAUACGUGAUGAAGCAGCUGGGGGCCACAGCAAGUUGAGUGUUUUUGUGAGAUUUUUCUGUUUUGAUGGAGUAUGUAUGAUUAAAUGUGGAGCCAGGUUAUUAAGUCUGAUGACAAGAGAAAUGUCUGGAUUUGGCAUUUACUGCC